AUGCCUCAGGAAAUCUCCGACAUCAAGCAGUUCAUCGAGGUCUGCCGCCGCAAGGAUGCGUCCUCUGCUCGCAUCAAGCGCAACCCCAAGGACCAGCAGAUCAAGUUCAAGGUCCGCUGCUCCCGCUUCGUCUACACCCUUGUCCUGAAGGACUCCGACAAGGCCGACAAGCUCAAGCAGAGCCUGCCCCCUGCUCUCAAGGUUGUCGACGUCUCCAAGGGAGACAAGAAGAAGGCUCUGUAA